AUGACGGACGGCUGUCCUUUCAAUGAUGUCGAAAAGGUUUUUCGCUUGUCAUCACUAUCGUGCCAUGAGGAGGAAGUACCGACCUCUCGUUGGGAGGAAUUAGCAUCAAGUAUUUGUGAUUUAUUUGUUAGAUCCAGAAUAAUGGACGUCGAAACAAUUUCUCCUCGACUUCUUACCCGGCUUUUCGUAGUCAUUUUUGGGUGCCUAGGAAAUGAUAUUUCAACAAGAAAAAUAACCAACUGCAAUGCACAGCUCACAACAUUGGCUCAAGAAUUACUUGAUUCUUUAAUAACCUCCUUUGGGGUUAUUAACGCUGGUGGUCUCUUGGCUAUGAAUCUUCGCGAAGGCUCGGCGGAGGUUCCAUUGUUUGAUCUUAUUUUACGUGAAAGUGCUCAUUGUAUCGCUCGUCUCUGCGAUGACUCAGGUGGUGAUUCACUGAGCAGGGGGCCUCUUUUUCGUGAUGCACUUAUUUGGGCAACUAACCUAGUUAAUUUUCCUGUUUUACGCGAUGGUCAACAAUUAGCUAUUUUGCACCCACUGGGCCUUCAGUUGGUUGAGGAUUACCGAUGUCAGCUUAAAAUGCUUGGUCUCAAAAUGCUUAUACAUCUAGCUCAAGAGGCUGUGGUGGCAUCUUGGCGAACGACAGGUCGUGCCGAGGCAACGCUGGAAGCAUUGACUUGCCAGCGUUCUAUCCAUUCCGGGAGUGCGCAACUCGCAGAGCUGACGUACAACUGUAUUUCUGCAUUUAUGUCCGUACUCGAGCCUACUCUUCAGAAAAGUUGGGAUUCCAAAUUUGUGGACAUUCUUCUAUGCGAUCUAGCUCUUGAGACUUCUCUUGACAAAAGAAUAAUACUUUUGAGGCACAUUUCAAAGUCAAUCGACGGCUUGGGUCAGGAACUGCUGGUUCACUCAAAGCGACUACUAAAAGCUGCGGAACUGGUUUUGCUAGCCCCCCGUGCACCUCCAUACAAGAGAGAGAUUUAUUCGCAAGAGCACGAAUCCUUCCUUCUACAGCUAAAUAUUCUAAAGAAAUAUGUUGACUUGGUCGCCGGUCAUCUUCACCCAGAUAUUGUCCCAAUGAUUCUACCACUGAUAGUUGCUUUUGUUGACUUAGAGUGGAGCAGGAAAGAGGUUGACUCUAUUUCCUCCUCCAUAGAGAAUAUGACCCAUGUUAUAGUUGCAAUCUUCGGCAAGCUAGCUGCUGCCGAUGGUAUAGCGUUUCGUGACACACUUAGCACAUGCUUCGAACUGUUUCCAUCCAUCAAGCCUAUCCUAUGUACAUCCACUUUUGCAUGUUUGUGUCAAAUAUAA